GCAGAGGAUGGAGGCCCUGUAGGAGAGCCCCUACUGAUCUGACAAUGUUCCUUUUCUAGGGACUCCCCAGCAACAGAGGGGAGGGGCAUGACCCAACAGUGAGGUCACAGAACCCAGCAGUGCCCUCUGCCAAGAGAACCCCAAGACCCAGAAUGAAUUUUGACCAGAAAGCUGUGAAAUUCUUGGCAAAUUUUUACAUCAAUGGAGGCAAACACUGGACUCGGGGUCCCCUGAGUCAGCAACCUCUUCAUCCCACCCAGCCUGAGGCUGCUGUGUUGUGGUGGGACCAGGAGCUGGAGGCAGCCUGGAAUGAGAUGUGGCCCCCAAAGACGAAGAGGGCCCCAGGUGGCUUCAGGUUAAGAAUGGACACCCCCAAAGAGCCCACAGGGGCCCUGAGGGAGCUGUUGCUGGAACGACGCCCUCCGAUCCUGACUGACCUGGAUGUCCCCAGCCCCACCAAGUAUGAGGUGCCCAGUGCGUCUCUGCGGGAGUCCUCUCCCCAUCCCCAUUACACCAUGGGCCGCAAGAACCCUGGUCGAGAGGGUGGUGGCCGCAGGGCAUGGCAGACUGUGUGGCUCCAAAGUGAAAGCCCCUUCACGCAGAAGACUGACUUCAAUCGAGAGCGAAAGUGGCCAUCGCCCGCCGAGUAUAGGCCGCUGAGCCAGCCUGCCUUCCCGGCCUUCAGCUUUGGAGGCCGCCGCCGCUCUGAUGUCAAGAUACCCGAGAGUCAUAUACGCCCAGGGAUGCUCCGAGCUCGAGGUCCUUGUGCCUAUACUCCACUCAUGGCUGACUCACAGCCAUCUGGCGAGAAGCGACCUAGCCCCAACACCUAUGACAUCCUUCCUGGGUGCCGCCUGCAGAGUACACGCUCACCUGCCUUCUCCAUGAGUCGCUCCCCUGCGUUUGCUUCCUGGGUCAGCUCUUCCCGAACCCCAGGUCCUGCUGCCUACUACGUGGAAGACUGCUACAACUCACGAUUCCCAUCUCCGCCUGGAGUAGUCAUCCAAGGAGUGCGCAGACCCAAACGUCAUGAUACAGGCCCCUUCUGCACACUGUAGGGUAUAGAUUGCAAAGCUGACCUCCCUUCAGGUUUUCCUAGGCUUCUUUUGGAACUUUGUCUGCAGCCUGGCCUUAUGACCUUCUAGGCACCCCUCACCCACUCUUCUGGCUUAUGUUGUUCAAAAAGAAGAGUCUUCCCAGAGCCUUCCCCCCCCCCCCCCACUAUACUGAGAUGCAAAUGAUUCUUCUGAACUGU